UUCAGUUAUGUCGAUUGUUUUAAUAUGACAAAUGAUAUGUCGUUAUUCUGGCACAAUUAGGUUGGUCAGUCUAGUCCAAAUGUAGACAAUCGAAUAAACUAAACGCGAAAAUUCCUCGUCUAUCAAAAUGGCGUCCUUGGUAAGAGACAGGACAGAUCCCGAAUUCAAAAAAGUCCCUCCGUUGCCGCUCGCCGUUUUCAAGAAUAUAUCUCCCACCGAUUACCUUUACCUACCGGAAAUACCGGAAAACAGAAGUUGCACAAAUGUCUUCUUUCUGUUCCCCGCUGCACUGCUGGUGUUCGGAUGGCUAGGAUUCUCAAUUUACAUGACGCAAAUUCUAAACGUUAAUAGAUUUUUGUACGGGGAAGACGGAUGCGGUAAUAUCUGUGGUAUCGACAAUGUCGAAGUAACGAGAGAGGGUUGCGAGGCGAAGGAUUACACUGACUAUCCGAUAGCGUGGUACCCGGAUUCUGAUUGCGUUCAUUCCUGCGAGGAAGAGGAUCGGGUGAUAAUAUUCAAUCGAUGUAUGGACGCGAACAAGAUAACGAGACAUCUUGCUAACUUUUUAACGACACGCGGAAAAAUACGUCGUUAUGUAGCCAUUCGUAACGACUUAGAUCAUGAAACGUUCACUUAUGUGGCUUUUCACAUUAUAUUCGAAAACGUGUUGAACAUACUUUUGAUAAUUUUAGUCACGCUAAUAUUCUGUUUUCUCCUGCUUGUGGGUUUGCGUUACUGCACCGCCUGUACUUUUUGGACGUUCAUAGUACUCCUGGGACUAGUGCUUGGUUCACUUACUCUCCUGUCAUGGUACGCAUUCACUGUAGGAGGAGGUCUUUCGCAGCUUCUCUUAGGAGUCAUUUUCACGACGUUCCUAAUUUUUUAUUUCGUAUUCCUGUGGUACCUGUUUAAAUCGAGUCGAUAUCUACUAGUGAUUGCCAUCUUUGAAGAAGCGAUGCUGGCCAUUUUCAAAAUACCACUCUCCAUGUUUGCCCCUAUAAUGUCCCUUCUGUUCCUCUUUGGAGUAGUAUACGGUUUGAGUUUUUACAUGAUCAUGGUAUUGCUUUCGCAAACGCCGGAAAACGAUACUCAAAUCAUUAGCGCAAUAUACAUGUUGGUCUCGAUAGCAGCGACGUACUUUUUACAUGCACUCGUGAAUGGAUGUCAGUGCAUGGUUGUUGCUGGAUGCGUUGCUUCGUAUUACUUCGCAAGGGAUAAAACGUCAGUGGGUAAUGGAGUGUUUUUCACCAGCAUCUACGUAAUGACAGUGUACCAUCUCGGUACUAUCUGUGCAGCGGCACUGAUAAUGACAAUAUUAGCUAUAAUUAGGUACACCAUUGAAGCUCUAGCACGAGAAGCCGAAGACCAUGAUGAAACGACCACCCAAGUAAUCUUCGAAAUGUUGACAUGUUGCUGCAACGUCGUGGAAGAAAUUGUCGAAUACAUUGCGAAAAAGGCAUACAUUAUGACUGCAAUACACGGUAAAGGACUACUGGAGUCAGGCAAACGAGGAAUGCGUUUGAUAUGGCACUUCCUUCUGGACACCAUCUUUAUCGAUUGUGUGGCCCACUGCACUCUGUUCAUUGCAUCGUGUUUCAUCUUUUUUACAGUACUGGCGAUAGCCGUAGCACUGCUGUUGUACCUUGAAUACCUUAUGAAGAUCAUUCUAUUUCCAACGGCGAUGCUCAUUGGCCUCACGAUUUAUUAUAUUGUGACGAUGAUAAAUGUAGCUAUCGAGACAAUUUUUCUAUGCAUGUGCGAAGACAUGCUCUUAAACGACGGCAGCCUGCAGAAACCCUACUACAUGACUCAGCAUCUGGCAGAGUUGAAGACGUUGUUUUUAACUUUAGCUCAAGAAGCGCAGCAACUAAGAGAAGAACACCGCGUCGAGAGGCAGCGUCAUAACCAGGAUGAGUACGAGAACGGACAGCCGCCGUAUCAGUACCCGAAUCAAUACCAGCAAGGUCAGCAGCCGAAUCAGUACCCGAAUCCAUACCAGCAGGGUCAGCCGCAGUAUCAGUAUCCGAAUCAGUACCAGCAGGGGCAGCCGCCGUAUCAGGAUCCGAAUCAAUACGGACGGACGCCGCAGAAUCCGUACCAAAAUCAGUACAGACGCUGAACGGAAAUUGGCGAUCUGCCGAAAGCAAAAAUUCUUUGUUGUAUCUUACAACUCACACUCCACAUUUUCAUUUAAUGUAAA